AUGACUGCUAAAAUCCAUAAUGUGGGCAUCAUCAUGAACGGUGUGACCGGCCGGAUGGGCACCAACCAACAUUUAAUCCGUUCUAUCUGCGCGAUCCGCAAGCAAGGAGGCAUUCAGCUGGCCGAUGGUGAGAUCAUCAUACCGGAUCCGAUCCUCGUGGGCCGCAAUGCCAUCAAGCUACGCAGCCUAGGCGACGCGCACGGCGUGUCCCGCUGGUCAACUGACCUAGACGCCUGCCUCGCCGACAACUACAACACCAUCUACUUUGACGCGCAGACGACCGAUCGCCGCGCCGAAUCCGUCCUUAGGGCCAUCGCCGCUGGCAAACACGUUUACUGCGAGAAGCCCAUCGGCAUCUCCUCAGCCGAGGCGUACACACUGUACCGCGCCGCGGAGGCUGCUGGCGUCAAGCAUGGCGUCGUGCAGGACAAGCUCUGGUUGCCCGGGCUGGUGAAGCUGCGCACGCUGAUUGAAACCGGGUUCUUUGGCGAGAUCCUUUCCGUCCGCGGCGAGUUCGGCUACUGGGUCUUUGAUGGAAAGGGGCCCGUCACGCCCCAACGGCCCAGUUGGAACUACCGCAAGGAGGAUGGCGGGGGCAUUAUUACCGAUAUGCUCUGCCACUGGCAGUACGUGUUGACGAACUUGUUUGGGCCCAUCCACGCGUUGACCUGCACGGGGGCCACGCAUGUCAAGGAACGCAUCGACGAGCAGGGCAAGCCGUAUACCUGCACGGCCGACGACUCGGCGUACGCAACCUUUGAGCUCGCUGGUGGUAUUAUGGCGCACUUCAACUCAUCGUGGGCGGUGCGCGUGCGGCGUGACGACCUACUGACGCUGCAGGUGGACGGCACCAAGGGCAGCGCCGUAGCGGGCCUGCGCGACUGCGUGGCGCAACAUGAGAGUGCGACACCGCGGCCAACAUGGAACCCGGAUGUAGACUCGGGCGUCCGGUAUAGCGACGGCUGGACGCGCGUGCCAGACUAUCAGGUGUGUGACAAUGCUUUUAAGGUGCAGUGGGAGCUAUUCCUGCGGCAUGUCGUUAAGGAUGAGCCGUGGGCCAACGGCCUGUUCGAGGGGGUCAAGGGCGUGCAGUUGACGGAGCUAGGCAUCCAAAGCUGGGAGAAGCGGGCGUGGGUCGACGUGCCAGAGUUGGAGCGGUAG